CGAUUUUUAUUUCUUUCUCUGUUUGUCUUGGUAUCCCUGCUUUGAGCUAAACUACGUACCGAGACUCGGGGCCUUGAGCAGAAAACGCCUAAAUAAAAAACCCUAGACAAUGCAGGUGCCUGACGUCGUGAAUCCAUUUUAAGCCAGCUCAGCUCAGCUUUUGGGCCUAACUUAACCAAAAACCCACCAGCAUUGCCCGUCCUUUUCUUUCUUUUCCAAUCUACUAACCCAACCGAACAAAUAUUAAUUGUUGGCUGAACCUUCUCAACUCCAUGCCCAACUUCACGAUCUCCAAUAACACUAUCAAGCAUCUUUUCCCCCGACGAAGACGACGGCGUUGACAUAUACACAAUAAGCAAGAUUGAUCCUUGCGCAAGAAAAAGCUCUUCGCCAUGGGCAAGAAUACCGCAGUGAUCCCUGACGCCUGGGAGGAUGAUUGGGAGGCUCAGGCAGACAAGAUGGCCAGUGAACCCGAACAGCCAACACAGCCAGUGCCUUUGUCCAAAUCGGAGCGCCUGGCGCAACACGCUGAGCAGAAUCGCAAGUUGUGGGAAUCUGCCGACACACCACAAACCUUCCACUACAUCGAGGCUGGUUCAAACUCGGGAAUUCCUCUCACAACCCCGUUCAAACCACAAGUCAAAGUGCUCAGCCGAAAGCCCAUCAUCGCCAAGCGCGAUGCUACAGCAGGGAUGUCCAGCCUUUCAUUAGAUGACGAUAACGAAACAAAGAAGGAGGUGCCGAUGAGCCCAGAAGAAGUGCGAGCAAAGCAGAAGCGAGACAGAGAAGAAAAGCAACGUCGAUACGAAGAAGCCAGAGCCAAGAUCUUCGGAGAAUCAACACCAUCCUCAGGAGCCUCAUCACCUGGCACAGUCACCCCGCCCAAGAUAGAUGGAUACGCUGGUCGCGGCCGUGGCCGAGGAAGGGGCGGUUACAGGAAUAACGACACGCGACAGAUCGACAACCGCCAGCCUGAAAAUCGUGCGUUUGAUGCCCCACGAAGAAUGCAGAACAUGUCAGGCUCGGGGCGCGAACUAUUCGACCCCAACUUCAGCCCAAAACCCGAACAUCCUCCUCAAAGACGCCAGCCAGAUCAUCCAUCACCUGGUAGGAGUGCAACUCCUCGAGAUGAGCAGCAGCAAUUGCAACCACGGGCACCAAUUCGAUCACCAAAAGGACCAGACGGAAGUGGCCGAGGAGGAUUCGGGUUCGCUCAUCGAGGCAACAGGGGCAGUUGAUUAUUUCUAUCGACAUGUUUUGCUUCUACCACCCACCUCCAAUCUUUCCGGCUAGCUGCACCACGGUCUCAUCCGUCGUUUUGUCCUUUCCAACAUCGCUAAUAACUUCACGAUAUGUUGUAAACGCCAGUCUGUCUAAGCCAAUGCCUGUAACUUCCGCCCAAUGCGCCAGGGUAUCGUUUAUAUAUGAGUGGGAAAUGCCACCAACAGUCUCGGCAGUCCCAACAACGGAAUCUUCAGUGCCCAUCUCGUCUUCAGAGAAAUAUGCCUCGUCAACCUCUGAUAACCACAUCUUUUGCUCUUGGGGGCCUGGAUUUCCGGAGUAAUUCUUUCUUUCCAUGACAACAGGGUCAUCAGCUUUUAUUUGGCCGCCGCCAUUUGUACAGCCGCCAGGGCAUGCCAUGACUUCGACAUAACUAUACUCCAGAGAGGCAGCCUUGCCUGCAGGCUUCCGAGCACUUCCAAAAGGCUUGCCACCAGGCAUUCGAGACGGCCUGGCCGGCUUUAGUCUUCGAACGAGGUUUUGGAUGUUUCUGAAGCCAUAAUAUCGGGCAGCACGGAAGACUGGCUCGCCAUUCACCAAUAUUGAGUACUCAGCAACAUCAACGUUACGGCCGCGUGUAUGCACAAUCUCUGCGCCAGGACUCUGUGCCACCCGGCUCUUGAGGAUAUGAUAUAGAAGACCCCCUGAAGUGCCAGCCUCGCGAGGUGAAUUUCCGGUCCGUGUACGGGGGAAAAGAAACUCGUGGAGCUUUGGAUCAGGGAACGGGGUUAGACAUUUGCUCUGCAGCGGUGUCUUGGGGAGAUUGAAGAAGUUGAGACCUCUUGACUCGGCGAGCAUGAGAAUCUCCUUGCUUGUAAUAACACAGUCAACGUCGCGAACCCCGCGUCCCCCGGUAUCCCCUUCCGCCCAGACUUCCUCAGUCAACUCCUCUCUACUUGCCUCCAGUUUCUUGUCAAAGCAGGGCAUAACAGCCAGAUGCCAGAUGCGGCCAGGUGCAAUACCCAGCUUUCGGCUCAGUGUUGUUUUUAGUAAUGUGCCCAUUAGGGCCUGUGGUGACUUCACCUUUGAAAUAUGGGGUAGAACGUGGGGGUGUGUCUUUUCCGCAUAGCACACCCAACCGGGGCAGGACGAGGAUAAUAUGGGUUUGACUGGGGUUGCGGUUCCGGUCUGAGAGGUGCCAAGAACUUCAUCUGCUCCAAGAACGAGGGCUGCCUUUCUGGCAGUAUUGGUAUCAACCACCCAUGUGAACUCGUUAUUGUAUUUGCCGCCACUAGCGAUUCCAGAGGGACCACGAAAGAGGUUGUCCAGCAUGUGCCCGGCAUCGCCUUCUGAUACACCUCCGCCACAUGCUGCCGCUAAGUUGGCCCUUGUUUGAGGGCUCACGCUGACAACGAAGAGCUUUGCGUUCUCUUCCUCGAGCCCUUCCACUCUGAACUUGCCACUAUCGUCUGUCACCAACUUCAGGGCUGGGGCUGAAUCAAGAGUUGCGAGGACUUCGGCAUGGCUCUGGAGGCUCACUAAGACAGCCUCGGCAGAUGUAACACAUCCAGAGCAGGCUAGACAGUCUGUGAGGGAGAUCUGAGCAGGCGCAUUCGAAUUCGUAGCGGGCUGUUGGCCGUCAAGUAUAACUUCGGUCUCGAGAGAUUGCGGGGGCGGGGCAGCGGGGAGAGUCUCGACGGGCUUGAUGCAAGCGACGCCAGGAGAGAUGAAGUCGUUGAGGUCGUCGGCGGAGAGAAUGGCACUCAUAGUGCUGGUUAUUUGAGGAGAUGUUGUAUGAGGUAGAGGAGGAGAUGCCCUCGUUGGAAGUGUGAGAGCCUAUCGAUGGCAGGAUAUUCUGGUCGAAGUGGGAGUUGCCUCUCGGGAAUUUUUAACUGGAGACUUGGACGUAAUUAUGACUGGAGCAAACUACCUAGGUAGCUGACAAAUAAACCUGCAGUCUUUUCCUGAAGUUUGCAGCAAUGGAAGAUUAAAGAGAGGAAAAAUUGAUAUCUGACC